AUAGGUAUGCUUUGGGUUCCAGCAAACUUAGAUGUGUGUGAGUAAGGGUUGCAUUUAAAAACUGGUUCCCUACAAGAGUGGUUUCCCUGUGUUUAGAGAACAGUGGGUUGAAUCUGUAAGCCUGUGAUCAACAACAGCCUCGGUUGCAUAUGCCAUCACAGGAGGGAGAGGAAAUGCUGAGUUACUGAUGUGUUCUCACUUGCCCUGCCAAAACCUUGAGACCCGACUUGAUGGAGCCAUUCAGAGAAACUUUGUCUCUUGUUUCAGAAUUUGGCUUUCAUGGACUUGCCAUGGCCAAGGCCCAGGAAGCGGGAUUUCUGAAUAGUUACAUCCCUGAAAUUCUUGGCAGAGGAAAAACGAUAACGUGAACAUGAGAUUGUUAACUCCAACACCAAGAAUAAAAUGGCCACUACUGUCCGGCUGUGGUCUGGGAGUGGAAAGCAUUGUAAAUUGAUUUUUGCGCGAUCAUUUUUGCCACCUGGGGUCUGUGCCACUGUGUCUGCACCCCUGCGCCCGUCACCUGUGAAUGCACUUUGGCGUCAGCAUGUGUAUCUUACAUCCACCACGUGCAGUAAACACUUCCUGUACAAAGGUUCUUGAAACACCAUCUGUCAUUACAUCAAAGAAGGUGUUCCUGCCAAGUGCAGCUGGGAGAGUUCUCAUAAUGAGAUGGUUUUAAACGAGGUUGUAAUGAAAAGAAAUCUGUGUGAAAUGUCUGAACCUUUUUCUAAGACAAUGAAAUGUGUUCCGUUUCUUUGCUUUACUAUAGAAACGUUGCCUUUGCAUACAUUUGCCACCGUCAUUUCUCCACCUGAGAGGCUUGAAAAUAUGUUUCUCAUGGUGAAAGGUACAUUUUUGGUGCUGUGUUGGGGAAGCAUCACUACCGAAGGUUGCCAUGGUGUUGAAUUCUAUCUCUUCAAGAGGGAAAGAAAUCCUCUGGUGAAUGUGGUGUUUGUGGAUUCUGAACCAGCAUGAGAAUUUCUGAUUGUGAGUCUAGAAAAGUUAUAAUGGAGUCAUUGUACAGUUAAAGAGGGGACAAGUUGCCUUCUAGAAUGUGAAUCCAAACCCCCCAGAAAGUGUUCAGUGAAUAAGAACAAUGCGGAGUAGACUUUCAAAUGGAUGGAGCUUUCCAAUGGCACCUAAUUUGUUCCAGCAUUGAAGUGAGCAUAAUUAACAGAGACUUUCUUUCUUAGGCCGAUUAACCACCUAAAACCAUGCCAACAUUGUAACUGUAAGCAGUGAAAACCAAUAUUUAUGAGGGGGAUUGUGCAAGAGUUUGUGUGACAGAUGGACAUUUUAUCACUGUUGAUGUUUGGAAUUCUCUUGAAAAAUACAGAUCCACGUGUUUUAGAAAAACAAGAAUUACAGCAGCCAACCUAUGUUGCCCUCAGUUACAUUAAUAGAUUCAUGACAGACGCUGCCCGCCGGGAGCAGGAGUCCCUGAAGAAGAAGAUUCAGCCGAAGCUGUCGCUGACCUUGUCCAGCUCUGUGUCUCGCGGAAAUGUGUCCACUCCGCCACGUCACAGCAGCGGAAGCCUUACUCCCCCCGUGACCCCGCCCAUCACCCCCUCCUCUUCAUUCCGCAGCAGCACCCCAACAGGCAGUGAGUACGACGAGGAGGAGGUGGAUUACGAGGAGUCGGACAGCGAUGAGUCCUGGACCACAGAGAGCGCCAUCAGCUCCGAAGCCAUCCUCAGCUCCAUGUGCAUGAACGGAGGGGAGGAGAAGCCUUUCGCCUGCCCGGUUCCUGGAUGCAAAAAGAGAUACAAGAAUGUGAAUGGCAUAAAGUACCAUGCUAAGAAUGGUCACAGAACACAGAUUCGUGUCCGCAAACCAUUCAAAUGCCGCUGUGGUAAGAGUUACAAGACAGCUCAGGGCCUGAGGCACCACACAAUCAAUUUCCAUCCCCCAGUGUCGGCUGAGAUUAUCAGGAAGAUGCAGCAAUAACAUGCUGGUCAUAACUGUGCCAAGAAAUCCUCACCAGCAGUUGCUGAUUUUGAAAACAGCCACCUUUUUCAGGGGAAGCAUUCAGCAACCCUUUAAAGAAUUAAAUGCAUGCUUUAAAUUUUUUCUGUAAUUUUGGAAUGAUGUAUCUUUGUAGAGUUAAUGAUUUUGUACAUUUGCACAUGUAAUCAUCAUACCCAUUUUCAUUACUUUGAUAUAAGGUGCUAAACAAACAAACAAAAAAGCUCUAGGUUCUUCAGCACAUUUCCCCCAAAACAAAAUAAAAAUUGAGGGCAUGUUGCAUAUGUUUAGUUGUACUGCAGUGAUCUCGACUGGGGGGAGGAGGGGCUGGCACUGAGGUGUUUUUUUUUUUUUCCCCAAGAUUGUAAUGUGAUUGAAGUUUUUCAACACAUUGACUCAUUGUGUUCAAAACCAAAAUAAUACUUUCACUAUCAAACUGGUUACCAUGCCUUACAUAAUGGAGUUACUAGUACUUGUGAGUAGAAAGACUUUAGGUAAUGGAAAUAUAAAUAAGAAAGAAUGUUUAACAUAAUAUGCUAAAAAUAUUUUCAUAUUUAAAUAACAUACAUAAAAGGUGUGCUUUCUGUGUUUUAUAUUAUCUUGCAAAUCCUUUUGCCCUUUAAAAAGCUGAAAAUCUUGCCAUCUGACUUACCAAUCAUUUUAGUGUUACAUUUUUGUAUGAAAAGUCUAUUCAGUUCACUCAUUAACACACAUUCAUCGAGUGCCUGCUGGGUGCAAGGGAUUCAAUUUAUGCCUGUUGCUAUCUGUGGACCAAGAUACCAGUUUAGUGAAAUACCUUUACCUGAAAUCUGUUAGGAAACACUUUGAAAUACUUAAGUGCAAAUUUUGUGUGUGUGCGAUCUAGUUCUAGCUUCAUCUUUAGGUGAAGUUUCAAAGCACUUUGUAGUUCUCUAUUGCCAACAGAUUUAAUGUUUUAUGUGUUGCCAAUUCUUGCAACCACUGCCCUAACAAACCUGUGGGUUGCAAGUAAGAAUUACAAUUCCAAGCAUGUUUCAAAGAGGUACAUUUUGUUGAGACCCCAUCACCUUUCCUUCGUGCCCACUGUGUUUUUACUUUUUUUGAAGGCACUUUUUCCAUCACGUUGUAGAUGUCUGUAUUCCCAUUGGAAAUGUCUGUUUAGCUUUAUAAGACAUUUUGCUGAAAUACGAAAUUGAGCCUUAUUGACAAUUAAGUGCUUCUUGCAGCAGGUGGUCAAAGAGUGACUAACACAUGACCCGUUAAAGAGUAUAACCUGUGUCUGGACCAUUCCUCAAGUUUUACUUACCAACAAAUACCAUCAUGCCUUGAAUGUUCAUUUCUCCCAAGUGCUAUUCCUUAAACAUGAGAGUUUACCAGCUGCCUGAUUAUGCAAUAAAAAUUGCUCUGAGAUGGCUAACUGCCCGCAACACUGGGGAAACGCAAACUCAAAAUGCUUAUAACUUGGUUCACAUGUUUCCAUUUGUUGAAAGUCUUACAGAUGGGAAGCAGGUGUCCCUCCUCAAUUUUUCCAACAUUUUGAAAGGAAGACAAUUCUGUUAUCCAGAUGGGUAAGCGUCUAUAUCCUUAAGUUGUGAAUCCCUCAUAAUGAGGGAUUUUAAAGUAUUUAUAAAGACACUGCCCUCUAAAAAUGUCCUCAGAUCUCUGAAGAGUAGUCUUGGUCCUGAAUAUACAAUGUUAUCCUUUGUCUUUUUAAAGGGUGAUCCAGACCUGAGAAGCAACUAGUUGGUGCAUAAGAAGGCCCUACUUGGCUAUUUCAUAUCUACCUACAAUUGACCAAAUUUUUUUAGGCCACCAAUUAUUAUUUAGCUUCGCUCCUUCUAGUGCAAGAAACUGUAGGCCAGAUCAGUAGUUCAACAGCUAAACAGUCAUAAAAUAGUCACUGUGCAUGUCAAAAUUUCUUUCAACUAUAAAACCAACUCCAGUUUCUAUUUCCUUAUUCAUUGUGACAGUAUUACUCAACAGGUAAGGAUGGGAAUAUUUUGUUAUCCCGUGUAUAGUGAAUGUAUUGUACUGUGUCUGUGAAAACUGUGCUUUAAAUUAUAUUUUCAUAUGUUUUGUUCGGGACAGAGCACAUUAAGUUUGAAAGCAACAAGAGGUUUGUUUUAGAACUGAAGGCAACUUAAUCAAAAAUUCCUGUCAAGAAAAGCUGCUUAUAAAUGUAAAUGAAAUCACAUUUAAAAUAAACUGCCUCUGACCCAAAAUAAA